UGAUUCUUGGAGUUUACUAUUAGUACUUUUGCAUGCGCUGAGCCGGUUACACAAUUGCGCACUGCGGCGAUCAGCAAUUCCGGCAUAAAAAAACAUGGAGCCGCCAGUGUAUUCUCCUCAAACGCCAAACCAUUACGAGUCGAUUGAAGUGGAAACUCCUACAUUACCGUACGGGAGCGAUUACAAAUUGAAAAUGGUAAAUUUGAACGGGGAAGAAAUCGCCGCCUUCAACGUCGAGGGGGAAGAUUUGCUUUGCUUUCCGCAAGUGUAUGAGUAUUUUCUGAAGGAUCUUGUGUCUGGAAUGCACACUGUGUACACAAAACUCAAACGGAUGAACAUUCAAGGAAAGAACUGCAACGUGGAGCAAGUUCGCAUGAUGCGAAGUGUUGGAGCCAUAGGUCAAGUCGUAAAUCGCUGCAAGUUGAUCUCGCGCGAAGAUUUCAACAGACUCUACGAAGAUUGUUUGCUUUACAGGUAAGAAAUUAUCAGGUACAAUAACAUCGCUCGUUACAAUUAUUCAAAGACAUUAAGCUUCAGAUUUUACAAUUCUAUUUAAAUUAAGUUAGAAUUCUGAAACGAAAUCUCGAAUUUUCAUGAAGAGUUUGUCGUAAUGAACCACUUCAUAAGCGUAAAUGUGCAUACUCGUUCGGAAACCCCCACAAUGUGUAAUUACACUUUUUGAAUAAGCCAUUGUUGGACAUUAAAUUACUUAUUUCCUAUUGUGUUCAGGGAGGGUACAACACAUUUUGCGGCGUAAAUUAUAACAUACUUUAGAUCUUGUAACUGCCCUGGACAAACAUUUUUAUCUCACAGUGGGAAAAGGUAAAUUUUGUUUUCAGUAGGUGCGAAGGCAGUUUGUUUACUUUUCGCAAUAGGAAAACUCCAGUCGAAAACAAAGUGUUUAUGUUAAUUGACUCGAAGUUUUUAAUGGAUCGUUUGGCGUUAAACAGGUAGCUUUGAAUUAGCAUUAUGUUUACCAAGAAUGUUCAUUAAAUUUUUCCAUCCUAUUCAUUUGCGAGGCCUAAUUUAAAUUUCAAAAAGUGUUAGUAAUUCAAAAUCCAUGUGACGCGUCUAACCAAAUAAGAAUGAAGUAAUGUGGAUUUUCGGUUUUCGAACACUUUAGGGAUCUUGAAAUGAACCUAGUCACAAUCUGUGCUACUUUUAAGAUGUAGGUUGAAAUUUUCACGUUUAACCUUCGAUAUUUCGUUUUUAAAAUCAUCUCAAUUCUUAACCAUCUUUUUGUCAUCAGUUCUGCAUCUCACCCAACAAUAAUUUUUUUGACUACCUUAAACAAAAGGUAGUUUUGGACACGAUGGAAAAAAAAAAAAAAUCAAACAGAGGAAUGAUCUCAUCCAUUUGAUGUCUCUUCCAUGAAAUUGCGUUUUGGAGCCCCGUCUCUUUCAGAGUACCAUGGUGCCGCACCUCCUGAGGGAAAUUUUACCUAAUUAAACAGUGAUAUGAAAAAAACGUAAAAAACUGACAGGAAAAAAGAUAAAGAGAGAAAAAAAAAACAGGUUGAAGUUUCGCCUUGAAUUGAAAGAUAUUUCUUGAAUAUUAGACAUUUGUGUAACUCUUCGUUGACCAAUGAGGUUCAUUCGCUGUCGAUUCUUGAAACGUCAGCAGUCAUUCUAGGAAGUGUUCUCAAAAAUUCGAACUGAAAUGGUCUUUUUACCGUGCAAAUUGUAAAAUCGAUUAGCAGUUGCAACGUGGUGAGCUUGAAAUUACUUCCUAAAGCUUUCUUCUCUUUCAAUUCUAAGUAGAAAAAUAAAGGACAAUUAAUUUAUAUUAUUUUCUUAGGUUUCUCCAUCGCACCAUAUCAUUAUGAGGUAAACCAACUUCCAUUUUCUUCUUUUCCCUUUUUUUUAAAUCCCAAAGAUGAUACAAGGUUUUACAAGUUUUGCAGGUGAAAACAAUUAUUGAAACGAAGACUGCAAAUUUGUGGUUUUCAAGGAAUGGAUUGCAAUUUCUCCUCAGUAAUGCUGAAUGGAUUAAGUAUGAGGCACUAUAGAGAAUUUGUACGUUGAUAACGUGGCUCAGGGACCAAAAUUUAUUCAGAUGUAAGUUAGGGCUUUCGUUGAAAUGUUUUCGUUGAUUUUUCACUAAAAUGGUUUCACUGUGAAAUGGCACUGUUCUUAGUGUAAAUGAUAAAUUAUGCUUAGCCACGAAGCCACACGCCAAACGUGUCGUGAUGAAGAUAAAUAUAUGUUAUUUGAAGCGCGAUGCUAUAUAAAUGUUGUGGUUUGGCAGAUGCGUGCCAUUUGCCGAAUUAAUACAGCCUUCAAGUGUUUGACAUUUUGUUUAAUCUCUAAAAAUGCAAACUGGAACUUUUCGAGAGUUAUCCGGAGCGGGCAAUAUUGCCAAACUAAGAACACAGCUUUUCAUUAAAUUAAUCCCUUGCGUGAUAAUAUUGUGUUCGAAAAUUCCAAUCAGCUGUAGAUCAAAAUAUAUAAAUUCCAUCGGCUCAUUAGUUUGUUCCACAAUGCUAUCGAAUUCAAAUCUUUUGAGUAGUAGAGAGAUGAGUGAAAGCAAAAGAAUUGAUCCGAAAAUAGAAUCACGCAAAUUUGCCCACGAGAUGGAUUACUUGUGUUGUUUCUUUAAGAACAUGCUCAGAAAUGGAGAUUGCAAAUGGCAUUUGCAAGACUCCAUUUUUCUCCUCCAGAAUAUCGCUUUCUAAUUUCUAAAUUUCUUUCUUUUUGAAGGAUUUUGCGUGAAGUUUAGGUACAAAUUGUGGAUUAAUUUGAUUUCGAUACGAAAGACGGAAAUGCUGAUGUGCAAAUCCACUUUGUACUUGCCCGCUGAUAAAACAGAUCAGUUUAAUGACAUCUCAAGCUCUAUUUAAAACGAGAAGAUUAAAGUAGAUAGCUUCAGCGUGAAAUUUCCAGUGAUGAGAAAAAGGAAAUGGAGUUGAACACUUUUGAAUAAUGUGAAGAGUUAAUUACUCGCAAAUCUAGUACGAAAUGAUACAAACCUCACGGAAGUGAAUUCAGUGUAGUUUUGACUUUAUUUAGAAUCUCAAGGUGUAAAUUUGUGCGCCUUGACUAUGAGAGUGUUCGAGCACUUUAUGCGCUUUGGUCGUACGAGUACAUUCUUUUUUUUUUUCUUUUUUGUGUGAUAUUGGGCUCCUUAGAUUCUCAUUUGAAAGUACAAUUGUUUUUUCUUUAUUAAACCUAAAACGAAUUUGCUCCGGAAAGCUUGAUUUAACAACAACAGACUUUUCAAUGCUUAUCUCCUGUCCAGUCGUGUGAUUCGGCGUGUGUGUUCGCCACAGGAUAAAAAGAAAUUCGGCUAAAGAAAUAAUCGCAUGUCAUGAAUAAAGUACAAUAUGUAAUUUUAUGAUAUCUUUCACUGCAGCUUCCUUGUGGCUAGCACUUUUUAGUGUGGUUGGACUGAGAGUUAAAAAAGAGGUUGGAAGCCGGUGAAGUGAUUCUUACCGUUAUUCAAAUACUGGUGCAAGCUAAUUGAAGUUCGCCCAGAAAUACAUGCAGAAGAUAGAUCAGAAACUUCAGGCAAUAAGAAUAAACACGUCAUAUAAAAGGGACUUAAACAUGAUGAUUACCCGGGUGCUUUCCCCUUGUGUUAUAUUUGUUACUUAGAGAGAAAAUGUUUUUGAUUCUACGUAGUAAGAAGGAAAAUGUGCCAAAAAUAUUGAACAAGAUAGGAGGGAAAUAUUUCAGAUACUUAUUUGUGAUCUGGUUAGCAAUGGAAUCGGUAUUUGUGAAUAACAACUUAAAACACCUAUAUCUCCAAAACGCUUUAAUGCUAAAAUACUCUACAUGGAAUUUUUUCAAAGAGGCCGAAAUAUGAGCUUUAAACAUUAGGAAUGUAAUGCAAAUAUUGUAGCUUGAACAUAGGUGAUCUUAAUGGAGGUUUUGUAGUUUGUUUUUGCAUUUCCGACCUUCAAAAACUUCUCUGUAAAAUGUCGCGUCCAACGGUUGAAUUGUAAAUAUUCUGUAAGAUGUUGGCAUUUUUACCCAAAUUAAGGCGGUGAACAUAAUGAAACAGCUAUUAAAAUCGUUUAGUCAGACGUAUUUGUUUAAUCAGGGACGAAAGAAGAUGAUUCCAAGCAGUCAAGUAAGACGAAAAAUAAUAUUUGUAUAAGUGUGCAUUGAUAUUGCUUCUCCUGAUGACAGUCGUGAAUCGAUAAGCAAUUGGAAAGGUGAACGCAGCUGGAAUAUUUGGACAACAUGUGAACUAUUCAAAAAGACAAUUUUGAAACUUUUACUCAAAACAAAUCUUUCGCAGGUGAAAGUUUCAAUGUAAGGUGUUACCCAAGGACAUUUUCAAAACUUAUGCCAUCCUUUGCCCUAAUAUUGAGGUUUGAAAACGGUUUUGAAGUAAAGAAAAGUUAGAAUUUCUCCUCAGACGGAGUGUGAAUUAUCUGCAAAAAAAGAGAAGAAAUUGACGUUUAACCUUGUUUUUGAGCUCAGACUACUGCACAGUUGUUCCUGGAAAUAACUCUACUCUUUCAGUUCUGUCUGACUUGAGUUUUGGAGCCACUGAUCAGAUGCAUGACGAUUCCUAACUCCUAAUAAGCCGACAACUGACGGGACAUAAUUUUAUAACUCACCCUAUUAAAAUAACUCUUACCCUAUCCAUAACCUAAACGCAAAAAAUUAUGAUCCGUCAAUUAGUUUCCACCUGAAAAAAGGUAAUCCAGGCUUAAUAGUUUCCAUAGUGUUCAAUGAGACAGCAAAGAGACAUUCUCCAUUUUUUCUCCUCGGUCUGACUGUCAUACGGGAGGAAACCCUAUAGGUAAACAUGUCAUAGAAGCGGGCGGUCGCCGUGGGAGGAGUAUCCUUUUUUUUUUGGGGGGGGAAGGGAAGGGUAUCUCAGCUGGAGAGGGGGGGGGGGGUAACUGGGACGUGACGUUAUGUUUCUUAUCCUAUUUUACUUUUUGCCUCAGGGGCCCAGGGCGACGUAAAAAGAAUCCCGACAUUCCUCCCGAGCUGCUAAACAAUCCGUUCAAGCAUUUCAAAGUCGAUCAUCACGCUGAAAGACCUGUCAACAUGUCGAACGGAGAACCAAUGAAGACAGACGAUACGAACAAGUCCAUUUCGGGCGAUUCGUCGCCUAAUGCUGGUGUAACUUUGACGAUUGAAGGGUCACGUGAUGCCAACAACAAUUCAACUGGGGCUGAAAGGAAAGACCCACAGUUCAGGACGCCAAUUUCCCGACCGCCUGAGCGCGCUCUGAACAUGACACCGUCCAAUCUCACGCCACCAUGUCUUCACGGGAGCCCGCGAUAUUCUACUACACACGUAAUUCAUUCUCCAACGAACGCUCCGCCAUCACGUAUCAUAAGCCCGCCCAAUGGCGUUGCUGUGCCGCCAAACUCUCAGUCAUGCGCGUUCAACUUUCCACCUCGUCCUCAGGCGUCUUUGAGUCCACAAGGAAAUGUGUUGAGUCCAGCAACGAAUGGCGGUCCACCUAACAACGGUGCGUCAGCGGUGGCCAAUUGCAGCCCAGGGAGGUCUCCUAGUGUAGGAGAGGCAAUGAACGUUGAAGCCUCGGUACCUCAUGUCAGUAGCACUGGCACAUCUGAGCAUGUGGAGUUCAGGAAUGCCGCUGUUAAUGAUACGGGUUCUGAAAUGUCAGUCUCUUCGCCACACGUGUUAUCUCGAGAGGUUUGUUACUGAGACCAUAACUUAUUUUUAGACAUUUUACAAUUAACUAGAUUCUAUCACUAAUUUGAUUUAAUUUUCCUCUUCAGCCUGAAUUCAGGGAGCCUGGAUCCACGGGUUAGUUUUAGCUGUGAUUUUCAGGAUGUAACUUUAACAGAGCUACAAAUGAAUCUUUCACUACAAGAUUUAUCUUUCGCACAUUACUCAAAUUAUUACUGCCUUUUUCCUUUUGCAGAAAGUCUUCUGUUAAACAUACAGGGUCUUCUGAAGGUGGCUGCAGAAAAUACGAGACAGAACGAGAGACAGGCUGUUUACGAAAGAAGUAAGUAACGCCAUCGAGAAAUACGGUCCGAUUCCUGUUCGUACCUCAAUGACGUCUCAAUCGAGUUAACCCUUUAACUCCGAGAAGUGAUUAACAUGUAACUUCUUCCAAUAAUAUCCAUACAUUAUCCGCAAACAGGUAAUCAGAAUACUCAAACUUAUCAGUUAGAAGUUAAUAUCUCGAUCUAACACCAAAUUCUCGUAACUAAUUCACAAGGAAAUGUGUAGCAGCUAGAGAGGAGAAUUUACAAUCAGAUCUCGGGAGUUAAGGGUUAAACUAAUUUAUCUAUUUUAUGCCUUUCUUCUUAGAUGAACUUCGCCGAUACAUUCAUCGCGAGCGUGAGGUUCGAGAGAAGGCCGAAAGACAAUCCGCUGCUCUGCAGAGAGGAAAAGGUAAUUCUCCCUUUGGGCCUUCAUUCGUUAUCUUCGACUCUUCCUACUGCCAAUUUGUCAAUGUUUAUUUCAUUUCCCGACUGCCUCACAGUUUUCGUGUAUCAGUUCUUAGAGUUAAGUAUUAUAUCAAGGAAAACUGGUGGCAGCAAGAAAACUGUCGUGGUGAGGUGUAUCGAUUUGCAAGAAGGCAGAUGUGAUUACUUCAAAAGACGGGACGGAUUGAUUUAAGUGAAAUUCGGGUUGUUUUAAUCAAACACGAAAAAUUGUAUUCACAAACGAAAAUUGACGAAAAUCCGCUUAAUCUAAACUGGUUAUAGUUUGCUUCAAGUUCAGGCUAACCAUGCCGUUAUGCGAAAUUCAGCGCCAGUAGUCGCACGCUCGAUCACGGUAAAAAAGGAAGUCUUAUGCUCUCGCAUCCCGUGACUUAGUCAGUGUAAUUAAUACGUGGCGAGCUCUAUCGGGCUUUAUUAUUAUAUAUGUUUCAUUAUUUAAACUCGACGUCACAGGAGCUAUUUAUUAGGAUAUGAACUCUUUUGGGAACUUUAAGUAUGCAUGCAAUUCUUGCGAUUCUGCUCCUACAAGUGUACGCGUUUUUUUUUUUUUUUCGCCUGAACCGUGACGAAGCAGCGUAAAUACGGAUAGUUUCCCUUCUGUAAGCAUGAUUGCGCAUGUCAUUGCCACCGGCUGUUUUGAAACUCGGUCUGUUAGGCACAGCUAGUAUGUCUGCGUUUCAGUUUGAAAAUAAGCACGAAAAGAAAAGCGUGAAUUAAUGAAGUAGACUACUGAAUUGCUCAAGACUUGUGUUGCUGAUUAUAGCUUUACCACUCAUAUUUUUUCGGUUUUUUCCUUCAGCUUUUCUUCAAAAGAAACUCAAGAAAGAAAAGAGAGCGCGGCGUAAGCUCGCUGAACAACUCCUUGGUAAGUUCUGGACACUCCUUUCAAAUUCUUCUUAUCAGCGACUAUUUUAAGUGAUCAAUUAUUUCCUGCAAUAUAGUUGUAGAAGUUCUAAGUAUCUUCAGUAGUAAGCCACUGGAAAUUAGAGAAAGACGUUCACUUUCUCUUUUGAAUUGGUGCGGACUGUUAAGCCCUGGGUAGUUUGCUUAAUAGCGAAAGAACUUUGUAGUGUGACAGGAAAAGUUAAUAUUCCUUGUUCAGUCUUCGUCUUCCUCUAUGGAAGAGUAUAAUUUUCGACUAGAAAUCAAAUAGUAGCCAUAUUAUCUCACAUCUCUUAAACCUUAAGAUUGAUAUGCAUCUUAUUUCUCCCAACACUAUCACUCCUAAAUCAAACCUUAAGGUCAUGAGAAUAAAAGAAAUGAUCGUGAGAUCACUGAAGAAGCUGAUUCUCCCUCUAAGUACCCUGGGAAAAGUAUAGAGAACAGAAUGGAGAUUUUGCAAACCGAUGUUUAGAGUGUUUAAGUGUAACAGAGUACUGGUAGAACGUUGAGUUUGAUUCUUUUCUUUCGAAUUCGUCAGAGGAACAACAACGAUGUGAGCUGCUUGAAGAACAGCUGAGACAAACGACCCAAGAUGCUCUUAAACAGCGAAACGGUGAGCAAGCUAUGUAUAGACAGUUUCUGAAAGAAGUUCACCUAACUGCCUCGUAGAAUGUUUAAAGAAGGAAAAUACCACCAACGUGAUUUAACCAACAAUACAUUCGAGUUACAAUGUGGAAUUCCUUGAGUUAGGAGAGGGGGAGGGAGGAGGGAGAUAGAAGGGGGGGGGGAGAAGAGAAGAAGGAGAGGGAGGGGAGGGGGAAGGAAGGGGGGCUAUGGAUUAAGAAAGAUGAUCACAUACCUGUAUUGGUAUAUCCUGAUAUAUUAAAGUGCCGGUGAAAUGGAAAAACCUUUUUCGUGCUGACAGGGGUAGGUUUUCAUGGGGUCGUGUCCCAUGUAUGCUAGAGGGGAAGAGGGGGAUUGGGGUGGGGUGAAUUACCAAGGGGGCUUUAAAACUUGCUCUCUGUUUCAACGACCCUUCAACACCCAUUUUUUGAAAUUAACAUAUCUGGUUGACUUCUCUGCAGUUUUCUUUGAGUGACUUAUGCUUUCCUUCUUGUCGCCUUUUGUAGAUGAGUUACUCCAAGAGCUGGAAAAAGAACGCUGCGCCAAAAUUGAAGCUGAGAGGAAGCUUAAAGGUAAGCUAGGUGCGUGACACGCGCUAUUCUUUUUUUUUUUCUUUUUUUUUUUUUUAUGGAGCGUUUGUAUUUCUCUUUAUUUGAUAUCAUCAGCAAGGUUUCCUUUCAAAAAGAUUUAACUUAAAUGAGGCAAGAUGAUAAGUUCAAAAGCUCCCAUGCCAGGUUAUUAACGUGAAAACAUUAAUCACGUAAAGUAAUGACUCGUGCAAGUUGAAAUUUUCUGUUGUAGAUGGCAUAAAGAACCCUUGUCGAGGAAAUCGUUUGUGGCUCGGGGAAUUAAAUCUUUUAGUAGGUUUUAUUCUUAAUUCUGACCUCUGAGAGUGACAAGCAUCCAGGUUUUCUGUGGAUUUUUUCUCAUAAAUCAAACAUUACAGAAUUAUAGAAAACCGAAGAAUCUGCAGAUGUUGAAAAAAUUCCUUGUCAGUACCAUAGGAAAUACAAAGAGAACAGUAUGGAGAAUAUGUAUACUGAUGUUGGGGUGUAGUGGGUUAACAAAUGUCUUUGGAAACGUUUCACCACCGAUGUUUACAGCGAACAUGUUUUCUUGUAUUUGUAUGUACAGCGCUUGUGAUUGGUGCAUUUAACUCAGUGAUCUUUUUUCCAUGACAGAAGCUAGAGGGGAGAUCCAGAACUUUGUUCAUAACUUUCUUGAAAAUCCGAGUCAAGAAGGGCCUGGGCACCACCGAUCAGAAAUGGAGCCGGAUGAGCUAAACGGGGUCGAAGUGGUGAAGGACGAACAUAUCGUCACAACAUAGGUCUGCAAUACGUUUGCACUUUGUCACCUGCUGAAGAGGGCGGUUUGAACGAAAGACAAAGGUAGCGAGCGAUAGUGAAACGGAAAUUAUCUGAACCAUGAGGAUCGCAAGAGCCGACAGCAGAAAUAUAAGAGAAUAGCUGUCGUUUUUGUCAUGAAGUUCGUUUGUUCUAGUUGAAAUUGCCGACGUUGAAAAUCAGUUUGCCAUCUUAAACGAAAUAAGUUAAACGUGAAAUCCUUGGACGAUUGGCAAAGGAAAGCGCGAUCCUUCGAUGAAUUCUUGUUUGGAGAUAAUUAUGUCAGAAAAUACACACAGUUUAAAGUUGUUCUUUCUGUGUUGCAAACAACUCGCUAAAUGCUAUUCAAUGGUAGUUAUCGAUUUGAUUGUUCGGAACUACAGCUGCAUAUUUUUAUACUUUUGUAAAUUUGAAAGACAGUAAUUCGUUCGUGGCAUUCAUUUGAGAUUUGAUGAUUAUUUAUUUUUUAUGCGAC